AAACCCAAAACCCAGGUGUUACUUGCUGAAUAGCAUUUCCAUCUUGUUCACCAGUAGUAACCACCACCAUCUUUUCCGACCACCAAUCCUCCGUCAGAUGAAGGCGGCGGCCGCCUUCAGAGAAACCACCACCACCUCCACCUUCUGAAUUACUCGAUCUGAUUGAAUUAUUAGUUAGUUAAUUAGAUAUGAGGAAUACUACUACGAAGACGACGACGUUCAAUGGAGCGAAUGUAUUCAUGUCUAGGAAGUUAGUUCCCCCCGAGAUUUUCGAUUCUCUUCACGACAUCCUUAAACAUAACUCUGCUUCUGUCUACUUAUGUUGUGAUCCCUCUCGUAACGGUCCUAACGAUUAUCACAUUAUCUCCUCUCGUGAUCAUGAAAAGUUCGACGAUUUGCAUCAGAAAGGUUGUAAUUUGCUUGGUCCUCAAUGUGUGUUUUUCUGUGCAAAAGAGCACAGAGAGCUGCCAAAACAAGGAUUCACUUGUUGUCUUGCGAUGGAUGGAGUCAAAAUACUGGCUUCUGGCUUUGAACUGGAGACAAAGAUUGAGAUUGAGAAGUUAGUGACUGCUAUGGGGGGUGUGUACCAAACGAAAGUAUCAUCGGAUGUUAGCUUUGUGAUUGUGAAGAAUGUACUAGCUGCGAAGUACAAGUGGGCAUUGAACACUUUGAAGAAACCAAUUGUCUCAGAGAGUUGGCUGCACCAGUGUUGGAAAGAGCAUCGUGUUGUUCCUCAUGAGUCAUACAGAGUUCUUCCAUUUUCUGGGUUGACUAUUAGUGUCUCCCAAAUUCCGUUAGAUGAACGAAAGGAGAUGGAAAAGCUUGUUCUCCAUAAUGGAGGCAAAUACUCUGCUGAACUGACAAAAAAGAUCACUCAUUUAGUUUGUGAUGCUACUGAAAGUGACAAAUAUAAGGCUGCCAACAGAUGGGGCCACAUUCAUAUUGUCAGUAGAGCAUGGUUCCAUCAGUCUGUCGCUAGAAGAGCAUGCCUAAAUGAAGAGUCAUAUCCUGUCCAAAGAACCCCUGCCACAUCUACGAAUAGACAGAAAAGUUCUAUAAAGGUGCAGCCAAUCAAGAAUAAUGCUAUCACCAACUCACACUCUGGUCCGUGUUCUAUGACCCAUCAAGAGAUUCCCUGUGAUAGGUUUUCAGAUGCUGAAAUGGAAGCAACUCUUUCACAGAACAUGGCUUCUACUAUCCCAGAUGUUCCUAGUCAUGUCAACGAGGAGUAUGCACCACCUUGCAUUCAGUCAAAAAGUACUGUGAACCCGGAGAGUUGUAUUGCCAAGGACUCUCAAUCCGAUGACAAUGAUUUAUAUUUGUUAAAUUGCAAAAUUCAUCUUGUUGGUUUUGAUGCCUCUGAAAUGCGUAGACUGGUCAACAUGGUUCGCAGAGGGGCUGGAUCACGUUAUAUGUCUCUCAAUGAACAAUUAACACACAUUGUUGUUGGGACUCCCUCGGAAACUGAGAAGAAAGAAGUGAGAAGUCUCUCCGCUAUGGGUGUCAUCAGUGUGGUGAAAACAGUAUGGCUUGAGGAUUGUGAACGUGAAAAGAAAGAAGUUCCCGUAGUUCGGAGACAUGUUGCUUUUGAUUUGCUCCUCCCAAAAGAUUCUGUAUCCUUUAGCAAGGGAUCUGUAAGUGCAAUGCCUAGUCUGAAACAAGCAAGCCUGUCAACCAUUCAACCAAUUUUGCCAACUUAUCGGUCUCAGAGUUGGACUGAGGGUCAACAGAAAGUACAACAUCGCGUCGGCAACAAAAGCCAGGAUAUUAAAUCAAGUGUCUUUAAAGGGAGAUCUUUUCGCUUUUCCAGUUCCUUCCCUGAUGUUCAAAGAGGUGAAAUUGUGGAUUGGAUUCAUGAAGGGGGCGGUGAGGUGGUGGAAAUUCAGGAGGAGAAAAGUGUUAAUUACAUUGUCGAAUCCCAUGGUGUUCUAUGUGGUCAAAGCCAGUUUAAUGGUGUUACAAAUGUAUCCUCUCACUGGAUUAGGUCAUGUCUACAAGAUGGCCACUUACUUGAUGUUCACAGUCACAUUCUCUUUUCUCCACUUCAAUGCAAAGUUCCUUUACCUGGAUUUGAAGGGCUUCAGUUUUGCGUAUCUCAGUAUGAGGAGAAGCAUAAAGAGCUACUGAGAAACUUAUGCCAUGUUCUUGGAGCAAAAUUAGUUAACAAGUUGACCAAAAAGGUCAACUAUUUAAUAUGUCAGUUCACUGAAGGUCCAAAGUAUGAGGCUGCUUAUCAAUGGGGGAUACAAACAGUUACAUUUGAAUGGAUUUUGGAUUGUGUUAAGCAGAACAAAGUUGUUGCUUCUAGUCGAUUUUUACCAAAAGAAGCUACUGUUAGUGACAGAGAGGCAGGGAUGUGCACCAUGAGCCAGUAUCCAACUCAAGCAGUUCGAAUGAUUUCAGAAACUGGUGCAUCUCAACUAACAAGUCAAUCUCAGGACCCUAAAAUGAUUGAUGGCCAGAUUAAUGAUAUCCGAGUAAGAGAGGAGUUAAAGAAUACUGCCACGUGCAGUAAAAAGCCAAGGCUUUCUGAAGAUGGCUGCAGGAAAGAUCUACUAUCUUCUGGAUCAAGUCGCAUAGAUCCUGUUUACGGGAGUACUUUUACUGAAAAUAGUGUGGAAGUUUCUAAAUCAGUCCCUGAUGUUGCUGCUGCUAUUGAGGACUUGUUAGAACAGACAAGCAAAAUUCAUGACCAGAAGGCACCGGAGAGAACUGCCACUGAUAACUAUGUAUCUGAGAUAUUCGCAUCUGAUAGUUUAAGGCUUGGCAACGAUGUUCAGAUAGAGGAUCCUCAUUCUACUUUUGGGUUGUCUAAACACUGGACAAGGAGGUCUAGUGAAACGGCAGACAUUACCAACUAUGGUGGACAGGAAAAUAACGGCCUUAAUGGAGGUUUCAGUGAAACACAAACGGAAUCCCAGGUUGUGAGUUAUGAAGAAGAUUUAUCUGGAAGGCAGAUGAUCAUAGACAGAGUUAGGACACGAAGCGGCCUCACUCCCAGCCCGUCCUUACCAUGACUGUAUCCAGAUGGAGAUUAAGUUAACAUGCCAUGACAGUACAGAAUCAAGGACACCAGGUGAAGGUAUGUAUGUAUGUCUAAUGGAAGAAAAGAUAAAAAUGGGACCAAAUAUGUAAAUCCAUGCUUCUCUAGUCGAUCAGUUUCGGUUAGAUUUUGCUAUUAAGACCGUAUCAUGUAUUUGAGUUAUUCAAUUUUGAAGGUUUGUUUAAUAACUAGUAUAAACAUAGGGAGUAUAAUGUAUACUAUCACCAUUUUGUAACUAUCACUAAUCUAUACUAUUAAAUAUAAUAGGAUUGAAGUCUAGAACUUUGCUAGAAA